AUUCAUCGUAGAUUUGAUUUGUGCGUCACUCCCCCAAUUCUCUCUCUCUCGUGAAUUGCCUCGGGUUAUCUCUCAAUGGACUCGCCUUCUCAUGUAACAGAGAUUGUGGCGCUCAUCGAGACGUUCAACGCAGUCCAAUGGAUAACUCUGGACGGCACAAAUCAUAUCACGGUGGCGCAUGCGGCAGCGCUAGCGCGGAGGGCCGAAGUAAAGGUGGCCUUAAAUGCCGAGGAAUGCAGAACCCGGGUGGAAAGGUGCUCAUCGUGGGUACAGCGCAAGGCCGAGGAAGGCGCCGAUAUAUACGGCGUAACGACCGGAUUCGGCGCAUGCUGCACAAAGCGAACCAACCAGCUGAGCGAGCUGCAGGAGUCCCUUAUCCAAUGCCUACUCGCCGGAGUCUUUACAAACGUCUGCACUUCGUCUGUAGAUGGGCUGUCCCCUGCUACAACGCGUUGCGCCAUGCUGCUCCGCCUCAACAGCUUCACCUACGGUUGCUCAGGCAUCCGUUGGGCUGUCAUGGAAGCCCUACAACUCCUCCUCAACCACAAUUUUACUCCCAAAGUUCCCCUCCGAGGCUCUGUUAGCGCAUCCGGGGACCUUAUCCCACUAGCCUACAUUGCUGGGCUUCUUAUUGGGAAGCCCAGCGUUGUCGUGCGAACGGGCAACGAUGCAGAGGAGAUCUCUGCCCCGGAAGCGUUGCGUAGAGUUGGGUUGCGGCCUUUUGUCCUCCAAGCUAAGGAAGGCCUCGCGCUCGUCAAUGGCACCUCCUUUGCCACUGCCCUUGCUUCUACUCUGGUGUACGAUGCUAAUAUGGUGCUUCUUCUGGUGGAGACUCUGUGUGGAAUGUUUUGUGAAGUGAUCUUUGGUAGAGAGGAGUUUGCGCACCCGUUGAUCCAUAAGGUGAAGCCGCAUCCGGGACAGAUUGAGUCUGCGGCUUUGCUCGAGUGGCUUCUGAGGAAGAGUCCUUUCCAGGAGCUGUCCCGGGUUUAUUAUUCUAUUGAUGGGUUGAAAAAACCCAAGCAAGAUCGCUAUGCUCUGAGAUCGUGCCCGCAGUGGUUGGGUCCCCUUGUUCGAACUAUCAGAGCCGCCACGGUCACUGUGGAGACUGAGAUCAACUCAGCUAAUGAUAAUCCUAUCAUCGACCACGCUAAUGACCGGGCGCUCCACGGGGCCAAUUUUCAAGGCAGCGCAGUCGGCUUCCACAUGGACUACGUACGAAUUGCAGUAGCCGGACUAGGGAAGCUGCUCUUCGCCCAAUUCACAGAACUGAUGAUCGAGCACUACAACAACGGUCUACCAGGCAAUCUAUCAUUGGGCCCCGAUUUGAGCGUGGACUACGGUUUCAAAGGCCUUGACAUCGCCUUGGCUGCCUACAGCUCAGAGCUCCAGUACCUGGCAAAUCCCGUGACCACCCAUGUCCACAGCGCCGAGCAGCACAAUCAGGACAUCAAUUCUCUCGCCCUCAUCUCUGCCCGCAAGACAGAGGAAGCACUCGACAUCUUAAAACUCAUGCUCGCCUCCCACUUAACAGCUCUCUGUCAGGCAGUCGACCUUCGCCAACUCGAACAAAUCCUCCUGCAAACCGUCCUGAAGCUCAUUUCCAUCAUUGCAGAGGAGUGCGGCCUCCCAAACGAGACAAAGGAAAAGCUCUUAAAUGCGGCCCGUGCAGUCCCUGUCUACACAUACCUGGAAUCCCCAUGUGACCCCUCGCUUCCCCUCGUUUCAGCCCUCAGACAGUCAUGUUUCGAUUCCAUUCUCUGUCUCCACCAGAAAAACGGCAUGGAGAGCGACACCUUGGUGGGAAAAAUGAAAGAAUUUCAGAGGCUUGUGGGCGUGAACCUAGAAAGCGCUAUAACGGCGGCCAGGCUGGCGUACGAAAAGGAUUGCUAUGUUCCUGACAUGUAUUCCCCUAUCGAGGAUUCCAAAUUCCUCCCUUUCUAUAAAUUUGUCCGAGAUGGUCUCAAGAUAAGUUUGAUGAGUUCGAGAACAGAGCAGACACCGCAAGAAUGCGUGCAGAAGGUGUUCGACGCAAUUGCCGACGGCAGAAUUACUGUGCCUCUGCUGGAGUGCCUCCAAGGACUUCAUGCCUGAUCAAUUCCAUAGUUUAUCCAUUUUGCCGCCUCCUAGUCCGUUUCUGUUUCAAUAAAUUAUGUUUUUGUAUGUUUCUGGAUUCGAGCAACUUUAAUUGAAUUCUUCUGGUUUUUGUGUGCCAACUUUUAUUGCAAGUAUUCUUGGUUUGUGUGUGCCAACUUUACUGCAAUUGGAAAUCUGUAAUCUAAGCUUGUGUGUCAAUGAUUCGUUUCUUCCCCCGACGCCACGAAACCAUUAUUGUAUUUAUUGACAAGGAUAUUUGAGAAUACCGGAGAUAAAGAUUAGAGUAGCGAAUAUUAGAUCGCUUUUCAUCAACUUGAUACGUGAGUCAUGCAAACCAGUAUGCAAAAAUACCUUGGAAAACAUUCCCAACCGCCUGACAUCUUUU